AUGGGUGAAGACUUCGAUGGUUGGACUUGGUUUGUCGAAGAUGCGUUUUUGGUACAUUCACCUGAUGAGGAAGAGCCCUGGAUUAGACCUCCGUACAUCACAAAAACCGAGAAAGAUGAGCCUUGGCUCACAACAGAUGAAGAAAUUGAUCUGAUGAACGAACAGAUCAACAAGAGCCUGGAUCCUGCUGAUAAGCUGAUCAAAAUGUUCCAAGCUAGGGUUCUUUACUCUUUCUUUUACGAGCACGAGUAUGUCUUUUGUAGGCCAAAACCUAAUCAAGAAGUUUCGUCCGGUGCAGAUAGCGUUGGAGAUGCUGAAGCGAGUGCCAAGAAACCAAGACUGGAGUAG